UCUCCAUCCGAUCCGACUGAAUAACUACGAAGUAAACACACCUCCCAACUACCCACGUGGACAUGUUCCGCCGGCAAACCUCCCCGGCGAUCUCCCUCCUUCUGCUUCUCACGCUGACCGCUUCAAUUUCAUCAUCUGCUAAAAACCCAGAAUUCCCGUGCAAGCCACCUCAGUUUAGCGCCUACCCAUUUUGCAAUACCUCUCUUUCCAUCAGUGACAGAGCUCACUCUCUCGUUUCCCUCCUUACUCUCCGGGAGAAGAUCCAGCAGCUCUCCAACAAUGCCUCUGGAGUCCCAAGACUUGGGAUUCCUCCAUAUGAAUGGUGGUCGGAGUCUCUCCAUGGGAUUGCCAAGAACGGCCCUGGGGUUUCCUUUAAUGGAACUGUUGGAGCAGCGACAAUUUUCCCACAAGUUAUUGUCAUUACCGCUUCUUUCAAUAGGAGCCUGUGGUUCAAGAUUGGAUCGGCUAUAGGAGUUGAGGCGAGAGCCAUGUACAAUGUUGGGCAAGCUGGGUUGACAUUUUGGGCGCCCAAUAUUAACAUUUUUAGGGACCCCAGGUGGGGACGGGGUCAGGAGACUCCCGGGGAGGAUCCCAUGGUUGUUUCAGCUUAUGCUAUUGAGUUUGUGAGGGGUUUUCAGGGUGAGUCCGUGAGAGGUAGUAGUCAACUUAGACAUGGGUUUGGAGAAAGAAGGGUGUUGAGAGACGAUGACCAUGGGGAUGAUGAUGGACUUAUGCUCUCUGCCUGUUGCAAGCAUUAUAUUGCUUAUGACUUGGAGAAGUGGAAGAAUUUCAGCAGAUAUAACUU